AUGGCGGGAGACAGGAUAGGAUGCGGCAUACUGAGCUUGACGAAUGAGGCCAGUGCGAUCUACUUUGUCAGGAAUGGGAUCGAGAUAGGAAGAAUGGAUCUAGAUCCUGACAUGUCGUUUCCCUUUGCUACCAUCACCUCCAGUCAUGGCGCCAUGGUCGCCUUCGACUGCAAGCCCUGCCCUCCUCGUCCCGCCCUAUCAGCUUGCCUUCUUCAAACUGCAGGCAUUGAUGUGCUAGACACGGUGACAGGCGAGUGGAGGGCAGGAAAGAAGGUGGGAAAGGAAGGUCCUCGAGGAGUUCCGGUCCUGUUCGAAGGGUCAGAUGUGCUGCAUUAUGCCAAGGCAGGGGAGGUAAAACCUUCAGAGUCAGGAGCUAUAGGAAACAGGAGAGUUUCCUACAUGUAUUGUGGGCUUGUCUUUUUCUUGGAAAAUCCCAAGUUGGUAUCUGUCGGGUCUGCUGCCCUGAGAAUCUCUGCUCCUGGAGUUGUUCUUGACUCUCUCUCCAUCAUGGCUCUUUCAUCUCUGAGUUCUUUGACAAUGAAGAACGUAGAAGUCAGAUGCCCCAACGGCUCCGCAGUCUGCAUCAACGAUACUGGUUGCCAUGGGCUUCAAGUAGACGGCUGCAGGGUUGGACCUUGUGGGAGGCAUGGUAUCGUCUUAAGUUCAUGCGCUGAGGAAAUUAUCGUGAAGAAUUCAACGAUAGAAAAAUGUGCAAUGAUCGGUGUUGCGGCCAAUGAUCAGUGUAAGGCAAACUUUAUGAACUUGAACAUUUCAGGCUGCAACGUUGGUAUCCAUGCUUCUGGGGCAACCUUCAAGGUAUCUGAGACAACCAUCAAAGACUGCAAGGAAUCAGCUGUUCGCGUCUUUUGGAAUCAACCUUUCAAUGCACAAAAAAUCCGCUUGGAGACCUGCACGAUCGAGAAGUGCUUCAGACCGAUCGUGGCCGAGGGGAAGGGGCUCGAGAUCGUUGUCCCCUCCUCUUGCAUCAUCGAAGGCUGCUCGCUCAAGAACGAAACGAAAGGAGGUGCGGUGAUAGACUGGAAGAAUGAUCCCGACCCGCCGGUUCUUGUAGAAGCCUUCACGCCGCAGGACAACUUCAGCCGCUACAUGAAACUGAUGCUGGGCCUGGGAACUGAAGUCUUGGUGAAGGUGCUGAGAAAGUGUUACAAGUCGAGAACAGGCAAGAACUGGAACCACAGGACGGGGCGAGAGAUAGCCUCUCGGAUGAAUGACUACCAGCGAAGUAGAUUGGGCAAAGCCAUGCUUGAGCGGCUGAAGGAAGACGAAAUGGAUAGCUGGGACAUCACGCUGCUCUCAGCUCUUCUGGUGAACAAUCCUGGCUACAUGGACUCGUCGAGCUUGGAACGAGCAGUGGAGUCACUGAGAGAUCAGAGGAACGAGUUUGUUCACUCCGGUAGCUUCAAGGACCUCUCCAUGGAUCACGGCGACUUCCGAUCGAAG